AUGCCCCUGGGCCAGGCGAUUGUGGCGCACGUCGGCGCUGUCUCCCGCAACGGACUUCAAGACAUUCUCUGCGGCAAAUCGCGGCAGACGAUGCACGAAGAUGACGAGACGCGUGGCUACACGGUUGUUUCGUGCUCGGCAGACGGCAAGCUUCUGCCUGGAUUACGUGGGCACGGCCUGACCAUGGCCAUGCUCACGGGCGACAAGGAGGGCACUGCGCGGUCCAUUGGAGACAGAGCAGCGUGCAGGAGCUGCAGGCGCAAGGGGGAGGUGGUGGCGAUGGUUGGCGACGGCAUCAACAUCGAGACAACCUGCUUGCUGGAGGUGUUUCUGGCCAUGCACCUGUCGCGUGCGGCCGUGCACCGCAUCCACUACAAGGUUCAUCUGGGCCGUGUGGUCUACAACGCAACCGUGCACACGAUCCGCCAAAGCACCAGCGUCCACGUCUCGGAGAUCCAAUCCAUCGCAACAGCCACCACUUUGUCACCUUCUCUUGUGCUCCUGUGGCAUCAUUUUGGCGAGGGCGAUGGCUUCAUCGGCACCAUCAGCAUGCCGGCAGUUUUGGCGGCGUACAGCCUGACCUCCUCCUCCUUCUCGCUGCGCGUGUCCCUGAUCCACAGCCCCCUUGCAGCAGGGCACUCGUACUCGCUGCCGGAUACGGUGGCGCAAAUUGUUUGGGACUUGGACAAGCCCUUGUCGUCACGAUCGAUCAGAGGCAACAGCGGGGGUGUGCACAAGCUCCGCAAUGGUGAGCGUGUCCUGAGCGCGUACGCCCUGGAGCAGUGA